AUGGGAAAACGCGGAAUAAGAGCAAAGCUGCUACGAAGCAGCCUAUAUACGUUAGCUAACAUCCGAACAAAACCAUCAUACAAGAAAGGAGAAGCCACCGCAGAGCUAUCCGGAUAUCCACGUGUCAUCCACGUCAACCAACCUACCUUACCACCAGACGACACACCGCCACCAAUAUUUUGUUCAAAUUACGUUUCCACGACCAAAUACACUUUCUUCAACUUCCUUCCCAUUGCCUUAUUUGAACAAUUUAACCGUGUGGCUAACUUUUAUUUCCUUGUAGCCGCCUGUCUAACGUUUACAGAUUACGCACCAUUUGAAUGGCCUAGCCAAGUUGUUCCUUUAGCAUUGGUGGUUGGUUUUAGUCUUGCAAAGGAAUUGUAUGAAGACCUUCAAAGAUACUGGCAAGAUAAGGCGGCUAAUUGUCGUAAGGCCAUGGUUCAUGUUGGAAAUGGUGUUUUCGAGUCCAAACAAUGGAGGGAGGUCUGUGUUGGUGAUAUUUGUAAGGUUGAAAAAGAUGAAUUUUUUCCUGCUGAUUUGUUGUUAUUGCAAUCUAGUUAUGAAGAUGGUAUGUCUUAUGUUGAGACGAUGAAUUUAGAUGGAGAGACUAAUUUGAAGGUGAAAAGGGCAUUGCAAAAUUUAUCAUUUCCUGUUGUUGAUGGUGAUACAGCAACACAUUUUAGAGAUUUUAGAGCCAUGAUUCGUUGUGAAAAUCCUAACUCAAAUCUUUAUACAUUUAUGGGUAAUUUGGAACAUGAUGAUCGGAUUUAUCCUUUAGAUCCUGCUCAACUUCUUCUUAGAGAUUCAAAGCUUAGAAACACGGAAUAUGUUUAUGGUGUUGUGGUUUUCACAGGAAAUGAUACCAAAGUCAUGCAGAACACAACACAAUCGCCAUCAAAAAGAAGCAAGAUCGAAUUACAAAUGGAUAAAAUCAUUUACUUGUUAUUCGGCUUGUUGAUUUUCAUAUCGAUAGUUAGUGCUUCAGGGUUUGGUUUGUUUGUUAGAAACACGGUGCCAUUUUGGUGGUACUUGAUGCCGGAUGUAGCAGGGGAGGACUUUGAUAUAAACAAUUUCUUUAUUUCGGGUUUAAGGCAUCUUGUGACUGCACUUAUGUUAUAUGGUUAUCUUGUCCCCAUUUCCCUUUAUGUUUCAAUUGAAGCAGUGAAGAUUCUUCAAGCAAGAUUCAUUAAUAAUGACUUGCAUUUGUAUGAUGAAGUUAGUGGUGUCCCAGCGAAUGCUAGAACAUCUAAUUUGAACGAGCAAUUGGGACAGGUUGAUACGAUUCUUUCUGAUAAAACGGGCACAUUAACAUGUAAUCAAAUGGAUUUCCUUAAGUGUUCGAUUGCAGGGUGUCCUUAUGGGAAGCGGCUCAGUGAAGUUGAACUUGCAGCUGCUAAGCAACUUGCUGCUGAGCUAGAAUCAAAUGAUUCAGAAUCUUCAGAUGGGAAUUUUAGUGAUACUUCCUCUUUAGAGGCAAUUACUAUCACCGAUGAUGGUAAUACUGAUAAGAAAGAAACGAUCAAAGGGUUUAGCUUUCAAGAUGAUCGUUUACAGAACGGGAAUUGGCUAAAAGAACCAAAUGCAGAAGUUAUAUUGUUAUUUUUUCGUAUUCUUGCUGUUUGUCACUCAGCAAUACCCGAAGUGAAUGAAAAAACUGGGGAGUUAACAUAUGAAGCAGAGUCACCAGAUGAAGGUGCUUUCCUUGUUGCAGCUCGAGAAUUUGGGUUUCAGUUUAUUAAAAGAACUCAAAAUAGCGUUGUGGUACGAGAAAAGCUUUCCAAAGACCAAGAACCUGUUGAGAAAGAAUACAAUAUCCUAACCUUGCUGGAUUUCACUAGCAAAAGAAAACGAAUGUCCGUGAUCAUGCGUGAUGAAACAGGUCAAAUAUUCAUGCUCUGCAAAGGUGCUGAUACCAUCAUUUUUGACCGCUUAGCAAGUAAUGGGAAAAUGUUUCUUGAAGCCACAACUAAGAACUUGAACGAUUAUGGGGAGGCUGGGUUGCGUACGUUAGCGCUUGCUUAUAAAAAACUUGAAGAAACCGAGUACACAACGUGGUAUGAGAAGUUCCACAACGCUCAAAUUUCCAGUGGUCCAAAUAGGGAGGAACUUUUAGAAGAACUGUCUGAUACAAUGGAAAGAGGACUAACACUUGUUGGUGCAACUGCUGUAGAAGAUAAAUUGCAAAACGGAGUUCCUGAAUGUAUAGAUAGACUGGCUCUAGCAGGUCUCAAAAUUUGGGUUUUGACUGGUGACAAAAUGGAAACGGCGAUUAACAUAGGGUUUUCAUGUAGUUUGCUUCGACAAGGAAUGACACAGAUAUGUAUUGUUGUCAGUGCAGAAAUGUUAGCGCAAGAUGCCAAAAAUGUUGUAAAAGAGAACAUAUUAUCUCAAAUUACAAAAGCCACAGAAACAGUCAAGGGCAAGAAAGAUUCUCGUGCAGCAUUCGCCUUGAUCAUAGAUGGUAAAACAUUGACAUAUGCCUUAGAAGACGACAUGAAGUUCAAGUUUUUAAACCUAGCUGUAAACUGUGCUUCUGUUAUAUGUUGUCGGGUGUCACCAAAGCAGAAAGCUUUGGUGGUCAGAUUAGUAAAAGAAGGCACCGGAAAAACAACUUUAGGAAUCGGUGAUGGUGCAAAUGAUGUGGGUAUGAUCAAAGAAGCGGAUAUUGGAAUUGGUAUUAGUGGUGUUGAAGGUAUGCAGGCCGUGAUGGCUAGUGAUUUCUCAAUCGCACAGUUUAGAUUCUUGGAGAGACUCUUGAUUGUACAUGGACAUUGGUGUUACAAAAGAAUCUCAAAGAUGAUAUGCUACUUCUUCUACAAGAACAUAACUUUAGCCCUCACAUUGUUCUAUUUUGAAGCUGAAACGGGCUUUUCUGGACAAAUGCACUAUGACGAUUGGUACAUGUUGCUCUAUAAUGUGUUUCUAACCUCAUGUCCAGUUCUUGCACUAGGAGUAUUGGAGAAAGACAUAUGUGCAGAGUUUUGCUUGCAGUUUCCUGCAUUGUAUCAGCAAGGCCCAAAAAAUCUGUUCUUUGAUUGGUACAGAAUAAUAGGGUGGUUAGCAAAUGGUGUGUAUGCCUCUUUUGUGAUCUACCUCGUUAAUCUCAAAAUAUUUAGUCCUGAAUCUUUUCGUCAAGAAGGACAAACGGCUGAUAUGCAUGUCAUAGGUACAGCUAUGUUCACAAGCAUCAUAUGGGUAGUCAAUGUUCAGGUAUUUCUAAUAUCACAUUACUUGACACGGAUCCAACUACACACGAUUUGGGGAAGCAUUGUGGUAUGGUACUUAAUAGUCUAUGUAUAUGGAAUGUUGCCAGUGAAAUGGUCGUCUGGUAACAUAUAUCACCAACUCCCAGAAGUCCUUGGACCAGCACACAAGUUCUAUCUAUCAACGGUCUUUGUCACAUUAUUAUGUAAUAUGCCCUACCUCAUUCACAUAUCAUAUCAAAGAUGUUACAAUCCAGAGGAUCAUCAUGUUCUUCAGGAGAUGAAGAACUUGAGAAAAGAUGUGACAGAUAGGAAGAUGUGGAAACGAGAACAAUGUAAAGCCAAGCAAGAAACAGAGAUAGGUGUGUCAGCAAGAGUGGAUGCAAAAUUGAGAAACAUGAAAGGAAGAGUGACAAGAAAGUAUUCAUCACUUGCUUUUAGUUCUUCGUAA